AAGAAAUUUUGCAAUUAUUGAUUUGGUGCAUUUUCCUGUUAGCCACUGUCCUUGGCCUAUGACUAUAGGUGACGGUCGCAGGGUUGUUGUUUUACUUUUAGGCAAGAGUGGUUCGAGGGAGUAAGAAGUAGCAGAUAGUUCUGUACAUGUGAGGUCAGACGCCAACAUGGAUAUUCUUUUCGCCGCCGUGCUAUCCUUUGACUUGAUAGUGUUUCUUUGGGACAGCUAUUUGUCCAGUCGACAGUAUCGCCUGUAUAAAGACACACCCAAAGUUCCUGAUGAGGUCAGCACGUUUAUGAGUCAAGAAACGUUUUCAAAGUCUCGUCUUUACCAGAUGGACAAGAGCAAUUUCGGUUUUUGGCAUCAUAUCUACAGCCAGGUGGAGGGCAUUGUGAGCUUGUUCUAUGGCCUCCCUAUGUUGUGGUAUGCAUCGAGUGUACUGCUGGAGUCCUUUGGCUUUUCACCAGAUAGAGAGAUUGUACAAUCAUGUAUCUUCCUAGUCUUGACACAGUUAGUCUCGAUGGUGCUCGAAGAGCCAUGGUCAGUGUAUGGCACUUUUGUUAUUGAGGAGCGCCAUGGCUUCAACAAAUACACUGUCGGCUUCUACAUCAAAGACAAGAUCAAGAAGUUCUUGGUGUUCACUCCGCUAACACUGGUUAUUACCUCACUGCUGAUCUACGUCAUCCAGUGGGGUGGAGAGUACUUCUUUGUCUAUGCAUGGCUCUUCUGUGGAACAGUUAUGCUGGUGAUGGUAUUCAUUUACGCUGACUUCAUUGCUCCGUUGUUUGAUAAGUACACACCUCUUCCAGCUGGUGAACUACGCACAGCAAUCGAGAACCUUGCCGCUACCGUAGAGUUCCCUCUAACCAAGCUCUAUUUGGUCGACGGAAGCAAGCGCAGCGCACACAGCAACGCAUACUUCUAUGGAUUCCAUAAGAACAAGCGCAUUGUGCUCUUCGACACACUUCUGCGCCCAGAAAUGCUUCCCGAGGAAAUGCGCAAGAAGUCAUCCGGUACAGAAGACGAGUCAUUAAAAGAAACUGCCGAGGAGGAACAUGAGCAAGUGGAUAAGGGAGAGGGAGAAGAUACUCCAGCAGAGACUGUAGCUUCAAAGGACAGCAAGACUGAGGAGGAGCAUGGCUGCACUCUGGACCAGAUCCUAGCAGUGCUGCUGCAUGAGCUGGGCCAUUGGAAACUCAGUCAUAACUUGAAGAACAUCAUCAUUUCACAGAUCAAUCUUUUCCUAUGCUUCUUCAUCUUCGGUCUGCUGGUCCAUCAACAAUACCUGUACUCCAGCUUUGGAUUCCCUGACAGCCGGCCAACACUGAUUGGUAUGGUCAUCAUCUUCCAGUACAUCUUCUCUCCCUACAACGAGGUGAUGGGUUUCAUCAUGACCCAGAUCUGCCGCCGUUUCGAGUUCCAGGCCGAUGAGUUUGCCGCGAAGCGGAAUCGUAGCAAGGAGCUGGGUGAGGCGCUGGUUCAGCUGAACAAGGACAACUUGUCCUUCCCCGUCAGUGACUGGCUGUACUCCGAGUGCAAUCAUUCACAUCCAUCACUCAUCCAGAGACUGCACGCUCUCAAGAAGUAUCAGUAGGGUCUGGAAGAGUGGGUGACUUGUGCCAACAGCAGCCAUCAUUCUAUUCAUCAUAGUCGUGUUGCCUUUUUCAUCGGACCCUGUUGGUGUCUUCCUGUGUGUUCGCUCUCGAGUUCACGUCGUGGUCACGUGGUGUGUAGCACUGUAUUCUGCAAGCUCACUGAAAGCAUUCAUAUUGGAGUACAGCAAGCACAGGUCAGAUAACCUUGCUGAGAAGCUGGUGGAUCCGAUAUAUCACCACAUAGAUCAUGCUGUAUCCUCCGCAUUUCCAGGGCAUUGGCUUUAUCUUGUAUAUUAUCUUGAGGCAGACUUUACCUACUUCAAGUACAUGUACUUCUCGGUACACUGCUGCCAUGUGUUUUUGUUCGAGCUCUCACUAGUGCUACCACCCACUCUCUUGUGUGUUGCUUCCUGGCCAGGGCAGUGAUAUCUUCAUGCAUGUCUGCAUAUUUGUUUCGCAGUGGUGCGGAAAGUGCAAGCUAGGUGAAGACUUAGGAUGCUUUUUUUCAUGUUUUAUAUACCUCUGCGGAUUCCCGUGGCUUUUACUGGCUGCAGCCUUUCCCAUCCUUAUGAUACUAGUACAUUUGAACUUUCUUUCGAGUUGUGCCUGUUA